AGGCAACAUCCGCCACGCUGAGUGUUCUUUUGCGUACUCUUGUUACGUAGGUCAGUGGCUUACACACAGACAUCAUGGCGGACGUUUUGGAUCUUCACGAAGCGGGAGGCGAGGACUUUCCUAUGGAUGAGGAUGGUGAUGAAAGCAUCCACAAGCUAAAAGAGAAAGCCAAGAAAAGGAAGGGACGAGGAUUCGGUUCAGAGGAAGGAGCCAGGUCUAGAAUCAAAGAGGACUAUGACACCGUGGAACAAGAUGGAGACGAGCCAGGUCCUCAGAGAUCUGUAGAGGGCUGGAUCCUGUUUGUGACGGGUGUACACGAAGAGGCCACAGAGGAAGACAUCCACGACAAGUUUUCAGAGUUUGGUGAAAUUAAGAACCUGCAUCUCAACCUUGACCGCAGAACAGGUUAUCUCAAGGGUUAUGCUCUGGUGGAGUAUGAAACAUACAAGGAAGCCCAAGCAGCCAUGGAAGGGCUCAAUGGUCAAGACAUGAUGGGUCAGCCCAUCAGUGUGGAUUGAUUCGUCAGAGGGCCCCCCAAGAACAAGAGAAGGGCCGGUGGACGGAGGCGCAGCAGAAGUCCAGACAGGAGGCGGCGUUGAGUUUUCUGUGUACAGAAGAUGUGUCUGUUACUUUGACAGGCAGUUUAAAACCACCAUGUCUGCUCACAAGAAGCUAACAUCUUGAUUUUUGUACAAUAUUUUUGAGUAACAGUUGUUUGGCUUUUUUUUUCUUCAAACACUUAUGCAAGAAAUUUGACAUUUAAUUGUAUGGUUACUAAAUGAAUAAAUUGUCCAAGUGGCAGUUGGAAGUUGAUGUAAAUUGCUCAUGCAGCAGAUUGAUGUCCGUUCGGUUCUGCUACUAAAACUUGCUUAUACUUUUAACAACUUGAUGGUUUUCAUUCUUCCUCCAAAAUGUUGUUUUAGAUUGCUCAAUGUAACGUGCAUUUCAAUUGUGCUGGAGUGUUUUGUUUUAUAACACUGAGGAAAUUAAACAUUUUAAAGGUUAAAUAAGUGA